UUCCAGCGCCACUGCGAUAGCCGAGACCCACCCGAGCUCCCAGCGGCCGGACCGGCCACGCAACGGCGCCCACGGGGUCGUUUCCAGGCUCUUCCUCUGUGCCUCCUCCACUGACGCCGCGGCACCGAAUUGGUCCAAAUGCCCUUUUCACAUGUGUCUCUGCGUGUUCGUGUGUAUGUGUGUCCUUAUGUGUUCACCGUUCACCCGUUCCUUCGCUUCCAAUUUCGUCCCAACAAAAAAAAAAAGUAACACUACAUCGGACGGCGUGGGUAUGCAUUGGCACAUGUUCCUGACCAGCGUCUUUGGUACGCGCCUCUGCCGCGCCCGCGAAUCCCUUGUCAGCUGAUUUCUUCCCAGCAGAACUUACUUUUAUUUUCUCUACGGAAGUUUCCUGACUUCAUCUGCCUAGCAUCCUCCUGCUCCAUCAUUGGGCUUUCACAAUCGGCGCGAGGUGUGCGCCCAGAUCGAAGCAAGUGCCCCGAACGGUAUCUUCACCGAGGAACCCCCCACACUCCGCCCGAUACGGUGGAUGUUUAUUGAAUGAGCCUCAUUCAAUUCCUUGGUUGUCUCCAUUAAAGUUGACGUGAGAUAGAGACAGAGGGAGAGAGAGAGACAGAGGGAGAGAGAGAGAGAGAGAGAAAGAGAGAGAGAGAGCAUCCAGGAACGACCAAAGAAAAACGUGGUUGGGUCCCAUCCGCUGUCAGGGACACCCGAACCCGGCCACUGAAAAACCGCCCACGUGCACACCGGGUUGCCCAGCCAUUGGUCACCGCCAGGGAUCACCGCCUUCGACCGUUAAACACAACUCUUCCAAGUCCGCGGGGAGCCAGGUUAUUCGGAUGACAUCUCGACUUUGAGCCUCGCCGAUGUUCAAUCUAGGUAAAUUGACCCGGCAUGGCGCGUCAAUGGUGUUGAAAAAACAACGGGGGUCCUGGAGCGGGGAUCGUCGACCUCGGUGCUAUUUAGCCAGAGGUUCUCCCCCCGCAUACAACGCUGCAAUGUAGCUCUCCCCAGAUCCAGUCCUCCUCUCUCGGUAAUCGCCUCCAGCAAGAUGAAGGGUCUCGUGCUUUCCACCGUCCUCGCUCUCGCGCCCGCCGCGCUCGCCGCCUGGCCCCAGGCCGAGGGAAAGGAGAUCAAGUUCACGUCUGUUCCUGGCUACUUCUUGCAGGACGACAACAGCACCAACCCGACUGGCUUCGACUAUGCGACGGUCAACUUCGGCCUGAUCGACAGGGCGUACCCGACCGACAAGCACUUCGACCCCGAGGGCGUCAAGACGCAAUGGCAGCGCUUCGAGCACUGGAUUCAGUACUUAAGCUCGGGUUGCCGCAAGAGCGACAACACGCAGUACAAGGUGUUGUUCAUGGGCCGCCACGGUGAGGGUUGGCACAACGCUGCCGAGUCAUUCUACGGCACCCCCGCCUGGAACUGCUACUGGGCCGAGCAAGAGGGCAACACCACCGCUCGCUGGGCCGACGCCCAGUUGACGCCGGCGGGCGAGAGCGAGGCGAACAAGGCCAACGCCUACUUCAAGGACCGCUACGCGACGCAGAAGAUGCCCUACUUCGAGUCGUACUACACCAGCCCGCUGAUCCGCUGCGGCUUCACGGCCAACAUCACCUUUGGCGACAUCGAGUUGCCGGCCGACAAGCCCUUCACGCCCAUCGUCAAGGAGGGGUUCCGCGAGGGCAUGACGGUGCACACGUGCAACUGGCGCUCCAACAAGACGUACAUCGCCGAGACAUUCCCCUCGUUCGAGUUCGAGGCCGGCUUCACCGAGUAUGACGAGCUCUGGCGGCGCGACGAGGCGGAGACGAGCGAGGCGCAGGCGGCGCGGUCCAAGGAGGUGCUCGACGAUGUCUUCCGCACCGACGACAAGACGUGGCUCAGCAUCACGGCCCACUCGGGCCAGAUCACCAAGCUCCUCGCGUCGCUGAACCAUCGCGCCUUCCGCCUGUCCACGGGCCAGAUCAUCCCCGUCUUCGUCAAGGCCGAGAUCGUCGAGCCGCAGCCGCAGCCGACGUUUGCGGCCCACGAGCCGUACUCGACCUGCGACGCCCCGCCCAUCACGAGCAUCGCCGGCCAGGGAUGCGUCUGCGCAACGGCCACGUCGGCGCUUCUGCCGGCCGCCACGCUCAUGGCCGUGUAGAAAAAAGAAGAAGAAAAAAGGGGGGGAUGAAUUUUGUCAUCUUGUAGGAAUUAUAGGCCCGAUAGCUGUAAUGUAAUGACAAUAGGUUAACCUACAAAUUUAUGACAAAUGGUCGGCCCGUCGCGUUUCCAAAAUCACAGUAGCUGCCGCCAAAUGUCUGGUCGAAGCAGCCGGCUGCUUAUCACGAUAAGCCAUUUGAAUGAGCCGUCGAUUCAUCUGAGGCGAUGGUUUGGCCACUUGAAGCAAUGGAUGUCUGUUGCAAGAAGCAGUUGUUAGAACGCCACGUUCAUUUUCCGUCUCGCCAAACGAAAGGGCUGCUGGUGUGACAGGUUGUCUGGUGGUAGUGUGAAGGAGCAUUUGCCCCGCACCCGGUUGUGCCGCCGAACGACGUUCUUCAUUCCUGACGACGGUGGCGAAGCGUGGCUUUCGGUCGAGGACAAGCCCAGUCGCGUGGGUGGGAAAAGAAGGACCGCGCAACCUUCCUCGCCGUCUGGCCGGGCGUCCGACCUCACCACGUGGGAACGGGACUCGAGCUUCUGGAAUGUUUUAGAGUCUUCGAGGAGAAGGAUCAAUGUGGAGGGCGUUGUGCUCGUGGGCUCCGUGAACUGCCCGAAGGCCGUAGCUCUGCGCGCUUUGGGCACUAAGCGAUCGUUCGGGGCUUUCCCCUCCUAUCUCUGGUCAGUGCGAGAGAAUCAACGGUCUGAUUUGGGGUAGAUCGUGAGUGUGUAUGUGCGGGUGCUUGUGCUUGGACGCUUUAGGGUCAGAUGAUCUGCUUGGCCCGGGGAAAGGAGGUGGUUGGUUGGUAGGUCUAGAUGCAGUUGGUGACCAUUGAGAGGAUGUUGACGUUGCCGUGUUGAUGUGUCGAUGUACCACGGAUGUUGUGUAGGAGGGGGGAAAGCGCGUGCUCCUUCUGUCUGUGUUUGUGUGUGUGCGUGCUU